AACUUGCAAGUGAAAGCAUCUUCUAGAAUUUGUAUAAUAAAUAUUUGUGAAAAUUAAAAUAUUUAAAUUGAAGUGAUAUUAUUAACAAUCAAAACAAUGAAGUGGACCCGAAGUAACCAGGCUGAGCUCAUUGAUGGCAAAUCUGUGGCAGCUGAAAUCCGGGCUGAGUUAAAGGAAGAAGUUAGAGAAUUUACAUCGAAUGGCCAAAGGCCACCUCAUCUUACUGCUCUACUGGUAGGCGAUGAUGUAGCAAGCCACACCUACGUGAAAAACAAAAUGCAGGCCGCUAAGGAUGUUGGGAUUAGCAGUUGUACAAAAAAUCUACCAGCUAGUAUAACUGAACAAGAACUUUUGAACAUUAUUAACGAACUAAACAAUGAUGACAAUGUUGAUGGAAUUCUAGUUCAGCUACCUGUACCUGAACACAUAAAUGAACGAACGAUCUGCAAUGCAGUAGCACACCUUAAAGAUGUUGAUGGAUUCAAUGAGGUUAACAUGGGGAGAAUGUGCUUAGACAUGGAAUCAAUGAUCCCAUGUACACCAUUGGGGGUAAUCGAAUUGUUAAAACGAUGGAAGAUUGAAACCUUUGGAAAGAGUGUUGUGGUUGUAGGACGAUCAAAAAAUGUCGGCAUGCCAAUUGCUAUGCUAAUGCAUGCAGAUGGUAAAAAUCAAACUUCCGCAAUGGAUGCAACUGUGACCAUUUGCCAUCGCUAUACACCUCUAAAGGAAUUGUCUAAAUACUGCCAAUUAGCCGAUAUAAUUAUAACUGCAACUGGAGUACCUUCACUGAUAAAAGCUGACAUGAUUAAGGAAGGCGCGUGCGUUAUCGAUGUUGGGAUCACUAGAAUAACUGACGCAGAGGGCAGAGCGAAACUUGUUGGGGAUGUUGAUUUUGAAGCCGCUCGCAAGGUUGCAAGCUUCAUAACACCAGUUCCUGGGGGUGUAGGGCCUAUGACUGUUGCAAUGCUGAUGCGUAAUACAUUAACUGCGGCUAACAUUUUGAGAAAUAAAAAGAACAACCUUCAGUAGAAAACUAAAUUUAGAAUGAAACGUAUUAUUUAACUAUAAUCAAAUAACUUUUAGGAUAUAGGAGAAAACAGUACUAAAUUUGAUUGGAAUUUUAUAAUUCAAAAUUUAAAUAAGUAUACCUCAAACAACGUAAUAUAAAUAACAAUUUUAAAUUUACUAAA